AUGGCACCGAAAUCUACCACAGACGUCUAUGUUGCAGGCGUUGGCCUGACGAAGUUCCUCAAACCACGUCGCACUCGCGAGUAUCCAGAAUUGGGUUACGAGGCAGGUGUGAAAGCCAUGCUUGACGCAGGUAUUACAUAUGACGAUGUAGAGACUGGGAUCGCCUGCUACUGCUACGGCGACACAACUUCUGGUCAGCGUGUCUUCUACCAGUUUGGCAUGAGCACGAUCCCAAUAUAUAACACAAACAAUGCUUGCGCCACGGGAAGCACGGGACUACAUUUGGCGAGGACGCUCAUCAGAAACGGCGCUGCUGAUUGUAUAUUGGUCAUCGGUAUGGAACAGAUGAGCCCUGGCAGCAUCAAGAGCGUAUGGAGUGAUCGACCAAGCCCCAUGGGCUUGAGCACGACAAUGAUGGAAGAAAUUGGCGGGAAGCACGAUACCCCAAGAAAUGCCCAAUACUUUGCAAAUGCAGGCCAGGAAUAUAUGGAUAAAUACGGUGCCACAGCCGAAGAUUUCGCUGAAAUCGCUCGCAUUUCCCAUGAACACUCGCAACGCAACCCGUACGCACAGUUCCAGAACACAUACACACUCGAUGAGAUCCUCAAAAGCCCAAUGGUACACCCACCGCUCACAAAACUCCAAUGCUCGCCCACAUCCGACGGCGCCGGGGCUGCAGUCCUCAUCUCACAGGCCUUCCUCGACCGCCGACCACAGCUUAAGCAGAAAGCUAUCCUCAUCGCCGGCCAAUCGAUGCUGACCGACUCGCCACAACUCUUCAGCCGCAGCGCCAUCGACCUCGUCGGCUUCGAUAUGACCAAGCGAGCUGCAAAGGCUGCCAUGGCCGAAGCCCGCGUUUCGCCCGCUGACAUCACCGUGUGCGAGCUGCAUGACUGCUUCAGCACCAACGAGCUGUUACUGAUUGACGGCCUGGGCUUCUCGGCGCCUGGCAAGGCGCACGAGCUUGUGCGCCGCGGCGAUAUCACGUAUGGCGGCAAGGGACCAGUCGUCAAUCCGUCUGGCGGCUUGAUUUCAAAGGGCCAUCCGCUCGGGGCUACGGGACUGGCGCAGUGUGCGGAACUCGUGUGGCAGCUGCGUGGGUGGGCUAACAAUGGGCGUUUGGUCAAGCAGACGUCGGUUGCGCUUCAGCAUAAUCUUGGCCUGGGAGGGGCGGUAGUGGUGAAUGUGUACAAGAGGGCGGAUGGGAGGAGGAAUACGGAUCAUGAAAUCAGCGAUGCGGAGAUUGCGGAAAGCAGUGGGUUGGGCUAUAAUCCGGCGACGCAGGCUAAGGUGGUUACGCCGGCUGAUGGAGAAAAAGUGAGGAGUCGAAAGUUCAAGGCGGAGUAUGCGAUGGGCGAUACGGUGAAGAACCUCCAAUCGAGGUUAUAG